CUUUCCCCCUUCUCUCUCUAGCUCUUACCUCUCUAUACAUGUAUGGGUAUUCAAUAUCCAUCAACAUUAUUGACACAGUUUCAGUCAAUUAAUCAUACAACUUGGAGAUAUGCCGGACAGUAAUGGUCAGAUGCUCCACAAUGUGCCAACUCUAUGAAGUUACACACACAUCAACUCGAUUCGGCCAAUAAACUAAGAUGUUUAGAGAGCUGACGGAUAGAGCAUAGCCUUCAAACAAGGCCAGGUUCCUUCUCCUCUGAGCACUCUUUAUCUCAAUACAACUAACCUGAAUACAACACUGGUUCGGGGGCUCCUGAGUAAGUAAUCUUUUGGAGGAGAAAGACAUAUUUCUUAAAAAUCCACAUGCUUCAAAAAAUGUGAAAGUCUGUCAUCUACCUGUGAUUCCGUUAAAGCAUUUUGGGGACAGUAAAGGGGCAACAGGGCUAAAGGCCAGGUUCUUUGAUUUCGAUUAAUCUACCCAUUAAAGUAUCUUGGGAUUGGUAAAGUCCAGAUGCUUUAUUACUCUACAUGUAAGUGGUGUGACUGCUCCGUAUACAUCUUACUACCCUGUCAUGCAUGACCUGAAGUGGUCCCUGACAUGAAAUAAUAUCUACUUACCUUUCCCAGGCAUUAUUUAUUUGCUAUACACAUCCAGAAAUAUUUCCCAUGUAUUCUUAUCUGCUCCAGUUGAUUGGAAGACUUUAGAUGUUUAGGUGGGAAAAUCCCUCUUGACAAAAUUUCUCUAUAUAUGUACACAUAUACUCCCUCCGUUUCUGAAACAAGUUCCACAUUUGACUUCACACAUUAUUAAGAAAAUAAAUUUGAGUUUACUGUGGAGUGCACUGUUUGGCACUGUUUGAACAUUGUUUCACACUGUUUGACACUGUUUUGAUGUAGAUAAUUUGCCAAAUAAGGAAAUGUUUGAAAGUGGAACUUAAUUUUGAAUCUGCCCGAAAAGGAAAAAAGUGGAACUUGUUUCAGAAACGGAUGGAGUAUAUAUAUACAUAUACAUACACACACAUAUAUAUAGAGAGAAAGAGAGAGACCCCAAAAAUCUGCGAACAAGUCCUGGUAGAGUCAUCGACAACUCAAUGUGCAUCAUAGCUCAUUGUCGUAAGCUAUCACAGCUCAACACAAAGUCAAUUCCACUCCAACGCCCCCAAUUUGUUUCCUCAACUGUUACUGAAUUUCGAAUCCCACCCAUUGAGCCUUGGUCUUAUUCUGAAAAUCUUACCUACAACCACCUCUUAAAACUAUGCUUGCAUCAAUGCAAGCAAAUCCAAUCCCACCUGAUACACGAUGAAAUGCCGCAAAGAGUGGUGUGUGCUUUGAGCACAUGCAAGACUAUCCAUGGGAAAAGCGUAAGCCAUGGGUUUGCGUCAAAAGGUAAUCUGGGGAAUGCAAUUGUAGAUUUAUAUGCUAAAUGUGGAGAAAUGGAUUUGGCUAUAGGGGCUUUUAUGUGUCUUGAAAGGACGGAUAUUUUUGCAUGGAACUCGAUGGCAUCGAUGUAUUCAAAACAAGGAUUGUUGGAAAAUGUUAUAGACAUAUUUCAACUUAUGUGGAGUAGUGGUGAGUUGCCAAAUCAGUUCACUUAUGCCAUAGUUUUGUCAACUUGUGCUAGGCUGAUGGAUGUUGAGCUGGGAAAACAAGUACAUUGUAGUGUUGUGAAGAGAGGGUAUCAGUUUAAUUCAUUUACUGAAGGUUCUCUGAUUCAUAUGUAUGCAAAAUGCAGAUGUUUGGUGGAUGCUAGAAGGAUUUUUGAUGAUGUGGUGAGGCCUGACACCAUUUCUUGGACGGUGAUGAUUUCUGGUUACUUUAAAGUUGGUUUACAUCAGGAGGGAAUGACGCUUUUUGAGGAGAUGCAGAAACUAGGCUGUGUGCUGGAUCAGGUGACUUAUGUGACAAUCAUCAAUGCAUGUGCCAGACUAGGAAGGCUGGAUGCUGCUCUACGCAUAUUUUCCCAGAUGCCUUAUCCAAAUGUUGUGGCAUGGAAUGUAAUGAUAUCCGGACACACAAAAGCUGGAAAGGAAGUAGUAGCUAUACAAUGUUUUCAUGACAUGGUACAAGUUGGCAUUAAACCCACUCGGUCAACCUUGGGAAGUGUUUUGAGUGCAAUUGCAGGUGAAGCAAAUCUUGUUUAUGGGCUGCAGGUUCAUGCUUUGGCAGUUAAGCAGGGUCUGGAAUCAAAUAUAUAUGUAGGGAGUUCUUUGAUUAACAUGUAUGCGAAGUGUCAAAAAAUGGAAGUUGCAAAAGAAGUGUUUAAUGGAUUGGUCGAAAAAAAUGAUGUAUUGUGGAAUGCAUUGCUUGCUGGGUAUGCCCAGAAUGGUAAUGGUUUUGAAGUCCUAAACCACUUUAUGAAUAUGAGACUCUCUGGGUUUCAACCUGAUGAAUAUACAUACACUAGCAUUUUGAGUGCAUGUGCUUGUUUAGAAGAUAUAGAUAUGGGCCAACAAUUGCAUUCUGUCAUCAUCAAGAAUCAAUUUUUUGGAUCUAACCUAUACAUCGGAAAUGCUUUAGUAGAUAUGUAUGCCAAAUGUGGAGCUCUUGGUGAUGCUUUGCAACAAUUUGAUCGGAUACAAUGUAGAGAUCAUAUAUCAUGGAAUGUUAUUAUUGUUGGGUUUGUACAGGAGGGUGAAGAUGAAACAGGUUUCUAUAUGUUUCAAAAAAUGAUGCUGGAGGGAAUUACCCCAGAUGAGGUCUCUUUGGCUAGUGUACUUAGUGCAUCUGCUAAUAAAAAAGCUCUUGGCAAAGGGAAAGAAGUGCACUGUCUUCUGAUUAAAGUUGGGCUAGAAACAGGUUGUUUUGCUGGAAGUUCACUUGUUGACAUGUACUGCAAGUGUGGUAACAUUGAGGUUGCAACUGAAGUAUUCUCUUGUAUGCGUGAGAGGAGCAUAGUCUCCACAAAUGCUUUGAUAGGAGGCUAUGCUCAGUUGAACACAGAACAUGCCAUUAAUCUGUUGAGAAAUAUGCUUGUUGAAGGUCUAAGACCAUCUGAAGUGACUUUUGCAUGUGUGUUAGAUGCCUGUGGUGACCCUCAUAAGCUACAUCUAGGGCAGCAACUUCACUGUUUCAUUGUAAAACUUGGAAUUUCAUACAGUGAUGAGUUCUUAGCCAUGACUCUGGUUUGCAUGUACAUUAAAUCCCUACGACAGGCAGAUGUGAAACUCCUUUUUUCAGAGUUUCCUGAUCCAAAAAGCACGGUACUCUGGACUGCAAUGAUUUCUAGUAAUAUCCUUGUGGAGUGCACUGAGGAGGGGUUGAUAUGGUAUCAAGAAAUGCGUUUAUGUAAUGCCGUGCCCGACCAAGCAACAUUUGCAAGUGUACUAAAAGCAUGUUCCACCCUUGCUUCUCUUCCAGAUGGUAGCAAGAUCCACUGUCUCAUCUUUCAUACUGGUUUUGACAAGGAUGAGUUGAUAAGCAGUUCUUUAGUUGACAUGUACGCUAAAUGUGGUGAUGUUCAACGUUCAGCACAAGUAUUUGAUGAAAUGGUUAGCAAGAAGGACGUUAUUUCAUGGAACUCACUGAUAGUUGGGUUUGCCAAAAAUGGAUUUGCAGAUGAUGCACUGAAGGUUUUUAGUGAAAUGAAGCAGACUGAUGUACAACCUGAUGAAAUCACUUUCCUAGGUCUUCUCACUGCUUGCAGUCAUGUGGGACUGGUAUCUGAAGGCCGUGCUAUAUAUGACCAGAUGACUUCUUGUUAUGGCAUUCAACCACGACUUGAUCAUUGUGCCUGUAUGAUAGAUAUUCUUGGCAGAUGGGGAUUUCUCAAGGAAGCGGAGGAGUUCAUUGACAGAUUAGACAUUGAGCCUGAUGCUAUGAUAUGGGCCACAUAUCUUGGUGCUUGCAGACUCCAUGGAGAUGGCAUAAGAGGACACCAUGCAUCUGAAAAACUAAUUGAGAUGGAAACUCUAAAUUCAUCUUCUUACAUACUUCUUGCUAAUAUUUAUGCAACAUCAGGGGACUGGGAGAGGGUUAAUUCCUUGAGAAGAAAGAUGAAAGAGAAAGGAGUGAGGAAACCACCUGGCUGCAGUUGGAUAGUAGUUGAGCAGAAAAAACAUAUAUUUGUUGCUGGUGAUAAAUUUCAUCCUUGUGCUGGUGAUGUCUAUGCGCUUUUGGAAGAUUUAAUUGCGCAAAUGAAAGACAGGGGUUAUGGUGGAACAAAAUCUUUUGUGCAUGAUGAAGACGUAGAAUAUGAGCUUUGUCGUUGAUUGCAGGCCAUUUCUAGUAGAGGGUUAACAGAUGCAGCCGUAAUUAUCUAUCUAUAUACAAAAGGAGGUGGAAAGCAGCUCAAUUCUCCCGCUCAAAAAUGUCAAAUCAUGGGUAAAAGCUCGAUCCAACCCAUAUUGAUAGGGUAUUGCCGGUUCGGUUGGCUGUGUCAGUGCGUUAGCGUGUUGUAACGCCAAUACAUUGGGUAAAGCACUAAAGUACGAAGCUUUUAUAACCAAAGGUUAUAACCAAAGGUUAUAAGCAGUGAAUUACUGCUGAAGAAAGAGGGAUGAGAAAGGGUCAGUCUAUUGCCCGAUCUUCAUUUCUAUUUCCCCUGUCCAUUGUAGAUCUACAUCUCAAUCUUCUCGACUGAUAUUUGGCGCUAAUCCAUUAAAAGCGGACCAGAGGCUUAUGGUGGAUGACAAUAGGGCAUUACUUGAGCCGGACUGGGAUUCUCGGUUGUUGUUGGUAGAUCAUCGCUAACAUCUGGGUGUGGUCGGCCCUUUCAGCGUGACCCCAGGGAUGGAGAUAGCAGUUGGCUAUGGAAAUUCCGCAGGGAUAGCCAGCAACGACUCAUUCAUCAUUUGACGCCGGCGACUGGUGAUGUGCCACAUUUGCUACCAGAUCCAGCUAUGGCUGCUUGCGCAUUCGAUGGCGAGUAGACAGGGAUUGUGUCUUAGCGUCAGCGGAACUAUAUAGCUUGGGCCACGCCGGCCAGCCUUAAACUGCAGCUACGGAUUAAUCAAAUGGUCAGAUGUGGUCCUUUCCUGGACUCCUGAGCUUCGAGAAAUUAAACGUUUUAGCAACACCAGGCAAUCAACAUGUUCCAAUCAGAUCCAGAUUUUUGGAAGACCCAGGUGCGGCCUGCUGCAAUAUAGGGGACAACUACUUCAUGCUUUUGAACAGAAUGGCUGGUAGGAGGUGGCGGCUGGCGGUAGCUAUUGUUGGCUGGAGCUUUUGAUCUUGAGAAGCUACGGUGGUCAGCAGAGUGGUGACACCAAGGUGAGUGGAGGUGGCCGGCGAGGCAAGUGGAGGACUGCCAACUUUUGCUUCUCUAGGCUCUGGUUUUGCGGCUUGCAGACUUUAGGAAGAAGAAGACAGAUAAAGUUUCUUCCAAGGAGAUUCUGGUGUCAAGAGUGGUUCUGUUAGCAAUGUUGAUCGCUCUAUACCAAGCAACCAACUUGGUGGAACAGAGGCAGAAAUGAUUAAUUUCUCUGCGAGUAACGUUAAGACCCCAAUUGCAGCUUCAAAGAAAAAGCGGUUAUAACUCUUGAUGUCUCAAUUAAAAGAAACUUAGAGGAUGAAGAAGACAGAUUUUUUUCGAGAUCUGACCUGGGGCUUCAGGUGUCAAGCAUUGGCCAGACUUAUUUGGAUUAGGCUCUUGGAGAUGUAUCCUUGGUACAUAGAGAAGCAUGUGGGGAGUUUAUCAGCAACGUAAAACUAAUUAACAAAAAUGGAUAAUAAGAAGAUUCAAUCUAAGCCAGUUUUUACGAGUAUAUUAUAUGGAUUUCGCAAACUGUUAUUACAUUGCCUUUUGUGAAUGUGCUUAUAAACUAGAUUAGGAAGCUUCGACAACCUCACAUAUAAAUGGUAGCAAUUAUACAAUAAUAUGUUUUACCUACUUUCUUUGUUGUAAUAGAUACUUUGAAGUUUUGAAUAUCAAACAACCAUUCUAGAG